ACUUGUAGAGUCGAGAGCAUUGUCUACAAUCUGUCAGUGUUACCUCUGCUGUGAAGAGGAUUACAGAAACGUUUCCUUCAUAUUUAGACCUAAAGGAAGAUUGUCAGAAAACAAUAUCGCCCGGUUUUUAUUCUAUAACGUUUGGCUUGUCGACGCUUCCCUUUUUUCCAUGCACUCGGUCACCUGGUAGCUGGAGAGACGGCGGAACUGACUCAGUCGACAGCCUGCCUACUCGUCUCGCAAACCUAUCUGUCGCUAGUUGGCGAGGGGGACAUAAAUAGAGAAGAAUCACUCUGACGGCAAUCAAAUAAGAGACAGCGGCUACAUCAAACCCUAGAUCACCCAGGACGCAUCCGAGACGAGUGAGAAAGACAUUAAUCUGUAGUGUAUGUCUACUAAUCCUGCAGCAAUGCCGGGGUUUGAUUAUAAGUUUCUGGAAAAACCGAAGAGACGAUUUCAGUGUCCUUUAUGCAGUAAAGCAAUGCGCGAACCCGUUCAAGUUUCUACGUGUGGCCACCGAUUUUGUGACACCUGUCUACAAGAAUUUUUGAGUGAGGGAGUCUUCAAGUGCCCUGAAGACCAACUGCCCCUGGAUUACGCCAAGAUCUAUCCUGACCCGGAACUGGAACAGCAGAUCCUGGCCCUGCCCAUCCGCUGCAUUCACAGUGAGGAGGGCUGUCGUUGGACCGGACAGAUGAAGCAGCUCCAGGGCCACUUUUCCACCUGCGCCUUCAAUGUGAUCCCCUGCCCCAACCGCUGCUCCCUGAAGCUGACCCGCCGCGACCUUCCCGAUCACCUGCAGCACGACUGCCCCAAGCGCAAGGUCAAGUGUGAGUUCUGUGGCAGCGAAUUCACCGGGGAGGCCUAUGAGAACCACCAGGGCGUCUGUCCCCAGGAGAGUGUGUACUGUGAGAAUAAAUGUGGCGCUCGUAUGAUGCGCCGGCUCCUGUCUCAGCAUGGUCUCGCUGAGUGUCCCAAACGCACGCAGCCAUGCAAGUACUGUGGCAAGGAGUUUGUCUUCGACACCAUCCAGAACCACCAGUACCACUGCCCUCGGUUUCCAGUUGCAUGUCCAAACCAGUGUGGCACCCCGAACAUUGCCCGGGAGGACUUGGCCAAUCAUGUGAAGGAGAACUGCGGCAGUGCCCUUGUCCUCUGCCCCUUUAAAGAUGCCGGCUGCAAACACAGGUGCCCAAAGCUGGCGAUCGGUCGUCACUUGGAGGACACAACCAAGUCCCACUUGACCAUGAUGUGCAACCUGGUGGGGCGUCAGCGCCAGGAGAUUCUGGAACUGCGGAGGGAGAUGGAGGAGCUGUCAGUCAGCAACGAUGGAGUGCUCAUCUGGAAGCUUAGCGAUUACUCCCGUAAACUCCAGGAGGCUAAGCUUCGGAACAACCACGAGUUCUUCAGCCCGCCCUUUUACACCCAUCGCUAUGGCUACAAACUGCAGGUGUCCGCGUUUCUCAACGGUAACGGCAGUGGGGAGGGAUCACACCUGUCCAUCUAUAUCCGGGUGCUGCCAGGGGAGUACGACAACCUGCUGGAGUGGCCCUUCUCUUACAAGGUGACCUUCUCUAUCCUGGACCAGAGUGACCCAUCACUGUCAAAGCCCCAGCACAUCACAGAGACCUUCAACCCUGACCCCAACUGGAAGAACUUCCAGAAGCCGUGCAGCACCCGCAACUCACUGGAUGAGAGCACCCUGGGCUUUGGCUACCCCAAGUUCAUCUCCCACGAAGAGAUCAAGAAGAGGAACUACAUCAGGGAGAACUCCAUCUUCCUCAAGGCUUCCAUAGAGAUUCCCCAGAAGAUCAUGGCCUGAGGGAGUUUUUUUGGGGGUGGGGGUGAAAGAUAGGCUUAAGACUGAUAUGACACUUACCUUGUGAACUUUACCACACUUAUCAUUUAGACCCUGACUCACUGUCCAUAUCCUUCCAGAUACUACUGCAGGACCUGUUAGUCUGCCGGGUUGUGUUGGAGGACUGGACAGGAAGAUGCCGCUAUAUUUAAGUGGAGGAGAAUUUUAAGUGAUUGGUCUGCAGAAACCAUAACUGAAUCCUUUCAAAAAUGUCUUCUCAAUCUGCAACAAAAAGCCUUGGAAAUCAACAGUGCCUAGAGAGUUUAAGUUAUUUUUAUUUUUUUGUAGCUAAUUCUGCAGCACAGAUGUAAAGAUUAAGAAAGGAUCGAGGGAUGUUCUCGGGGUGGAAGGCUUCCUUAAGCCUUUGCACCUAGAAAGAAUGUUUGGCUCUGGUUUGAACCAUCCUAUUUGACAACAAUUAGCCAAAAGAAUAGGGCAAAGCUCAGGCUAGUGGAAGAAGCUCAUUACACACUCAAGCCCAACUGCCUUUUGUUUACGUGCCCUUACAAUGAUCCCAGAACAAAUGCAAAUCUCUCGGUUAGAAUAUUCUACAUUGCCGUUAAGCCUAUUGUAAGCAAACAAUAUAACAGCUGUGAAUUAAGGGUAUUUCUUGUUAUCACUCUUCCGUCACUGUCAACAAUUUGUCAUUUGGUUCAUUCUAUAUUGCUUAGAAUAAGGAGAUUACCAGCCCUAUACAAAGAGAACUGCAACGAUUUGACAAAGGCAGACUUGUAAGCCUCUAAAAGGCUACUUUUGUUGUGUCCUUGAAAGAUAGAUACAGUAGAUGGGUUCCUCAACUUUACUGAUCAAAGGUGCUAAUGUACUUUCUUUGAAUGGGUAGAACCAAAUCUAACCCUAAGUCUUGUGAAGAGGCGACACAGUACAUGUGCACUUAAGUUUGAAGAAAAAGCCAUGAGAACAGGACCUGUUUACAUAUCUGGGUCUUGGUAGGUAGAGAAAAGACGUGCGGGAAGACAUCAACAGAAAAACCUGCGAAACAAUGUGAUACUACGUGGAACACAUUUUUGUACUGUAACCUGUAUUCUUGAAAUCUUCUCCCCCGACACUGAGGGCUUUUUGCAGUGAAGUAACUGUUAAAUGGAACCAAAUUCUUUUUAUAUUUGAAAAAUGUGAGCAAUUUUUUUUAUGUGUUAUAGACAGAAAGUAAUUGGAGUGAAGUAACUGAACAGAGAGGGCUGUGAAUUGAAGUGCAUUGUUUUUACUCAACCCAGAUGGGCAUUGGGGCUGAAAAAUGGUUAUGCCUUGGUCCCCUCGUGAGAAAGAUGUGUGAAUUCCUCGGUAUAGGCUGCAUCUUAAUGGUAUGGCGCUGUUGGUUACCAUGGCCACCAGCAAGCAUCUUCAACUCGGCACAUGAGCUGACCAUAAAGAGCGGCUGAAGAGGAGCAGCCAUGUGCAAUACAUCGGUUAUAGGCUCCCAUUAGACCAGUAACAACCGCACUAGAGGACUUUGAUCAUAAUAUGUGAAUAAUACUGAUGUAAAAAAAAAAAAAAAAAAAA